UUGGCACACAUAUAACGUUCAAGUAAUCAUGAUAGGGCUAUGGUUGAAUCAAAUUAACUUUAUAAGCUUAAGUUCCCGAAUUCUCUUUGUAUAAUGUCAACGCUGUCCAUGUAGUAGCAGUUCUGAUGGAAGAGUCGCCGGAUACCACAGUAUGGAAGCCGCUAGGUGUGCUCAAGAACAGCCCAGGACCGAAGAAUCUAGCUCUGGUUGUCUUGAACCGCCCGUUAGAACCUUUGCAAAAAGUUCUGGAGAACUUAUGGCAGAAAGCCAUUAUCAAAGUGGCAGUAGAUGGUGGGGCGUCUAGACUUGAGAAAGUAACCAAGGGCAACAAUGUCCCAGAUGUCAUUACCGGCGAUUUUGACAGCUGUCCAUCAGAGACCAUCACUCUGUUCCGGCAGAAGGGAGUGGAAAUCAUCGAGACGCCAGAUCAAGAUUUCACGGAUUUUACAAAGUGCUUGAAAGUGGUGGCCACCAAGGUCAAUGAUUCGAAGGACUGUAAAGGAGUCGUAGUCGUGGGAGCGUUUGGCGGUCGAUUAGAUCACGUGAUGGCUAACAUCAAUACAUUAUUCGAAGCCAGAGAGUUCCUAAACAAACCCGUAGUGCUCUUCUCGAAAGAAUCCGUGGCAUUGCUGUUGAAACCGGGACGACACAAGAUUGAAGUUCAGACGGGGUUAGAGGCAGAGUGGUGUGGCUUAGUACCUGUGGGUGGACCCUGUGAAUCUGUCACUACCACAGGUCUGAAGUGGAACCUCAGCAACAGUACGAUGAAGUUCGGUGAGUUGAUCUCCACAUCCAACAGCUAUGACGGAAGUGGCGUGGUUACUGUGUUGAAUUCUGAUCCUUUGAUAUGGACGAUGGGGUAUAACUAUUAGAUUCACCUGUAAAACUCUGCCAUACAGGAUCAGUAUCACGGGAUAUACAGUUUCACUUCAGUUUGUUCAACGUAUGUGGGAUGUUUAUAACCGACUUCUUCCAGGUGUCAGAAAGCCAAGUUGGGAAUGGAGAUUUUUGUAAAUAUCUCUCCUAGUUUACUUUACAGUUAACCUACUCUCUAAAAACUCUCAGAAAUGUUCGUGUAUACAACUUUACUCAUUAUAAAUCCAGCUUUUUUGGUGUGGUGGAGGACGGAAAAGCAUUCGUAAUGUUAAGAUUAACACUUAAGAUUUGAACACUUUAUAAAAUGAGUAGUGGAUUCGUAACUUGACUGGAGUUUCUGUCAUACUAUAGACUCUUCUAGGUUUUGCGUUCCUAUCCGCAUUGUAAGAGUGAGUUCAAGUGCAGAACAAGCUGGCUUCCUCUCCCGGUCGUGUGUGGGAAGGUCUGUCAACAAUCUGUGGAUGGUCGUGGGUUUCUCCCGGGCUCAACCCGGUUUCUUCACACCGUAAUGCUGGCGGCCGACGUGUAAGUGAAAUAUUCUUGAGAACGGCGUAAAACACUAAUUUAAAUAAAUAAAUAAAUAAAUGUUGUAAUCUAUCAUCAUAUUACAACCUGCAAAUAAUUGUUACGGAGCGUAUCAUUUUAAGAGGUUGACAUUCACGUAUUACAGUAUUUAGCAUGUAUUGUUUUAACACGUUUAAACUUUGGACAUUUUAACAUGUGAGAGUAGUAAGCUCGUCUACUUCGGUUGUACGGGAGUUUCUGAAAUUAACGGCAUUCAUGAUGGAGGAAAUAUAUUUGUGUAGUGUUGUAUUUUCAUACUUUCGUAAUGCUUAGUGUUGUAUUUUCAUACUUCUUUCCAUGGUGUUUAAAUAUUUAAUAUCUCUGUAACGAUAUGCAUAAUUGUAACGAUUGAUAAUAUAUAGGAAAGCACAUCUUGAAGGGUUAUGCUCAAGAAGUGUGGUUUUUAAAUAUAUGAGCAAAGUGUGAGACGAAUAUUUUUAUUUUGUUAAUGUGUCUUUUUAUAAAUCAGUGAUACCCACGAACAUUUUUGAUGCCAAUAUCUAUCUGCUAUAGUCUGUUUCGUUUAUCUUGUCGCCCAUGUUAAAAAAAUCACUGAUGCUCAUUACUAAACUGCCUUUUGUUAAUAUCACAACCUGUACAUAUCGAUGUGUCGGACUUCACUGUUAUUGCUUAUAAAAUGAAGUUAGAAAACUUUUUCUAAUUUAUGAUGUUAGACACCAUAAAACUUAAUUGCCUCAAGUGACGUCACCAGUUACCGAAUAUGAGGUCGCCUUUACAUCAAGCCCUGCUUCUGACACUUUCGGGUUUGAAAUUAUUUUCAGGUUUCAGUAUAUAAUAACCUUAAUAAAGGACAUUUUUAUCAGAAUUAGAUGUUAGGAAAUUCUGUUUAAUUUUGUUCCUGUGUGGAAUUUGCUGCUAAGUUUAGUCAGGUUACUCUCCACACACUUUCUUAGGCAUGUCGCUUUUUUGACGCCAUUCGAGGCAAUGAAGUCAAGGUCUCGAAAACAAGCUUAUGGCAUUUAACAUUGUAACCUGUGGAAAAUAGUAUUAUUUAAACCUCAUUUUGUUUGUAAUGAUAUUGACGUCCAACAUAGCGAUGUUUAGAGCUUGCGGUAUUACAUGUAGGUGUCAAUGUCUAGUUCGGUGGUGAGCAAUUAAUAAUAGUACGGAUAUCUAAACAUGGACGAUAAGUUCCAUAGUUCUGAACACGUGAGCAGAAGACUAAUUAAAUGUGUGACGGAUACCAUAUCAGAGAACAUAGUGUAUCAGCAUAAUUAUUAUACUAGAGCUUGGAAAUAAUAAUAGGUGUGUACUAAGAGAAGUGUUGAAUAUUGAGAGAAGUUGAAGCCUGUAGAACUUACUUGACUGUUCCAGUGGAGUUCAGUCAAACAGGUUGAUUGAUAGAUGUCGUAUUCUUACAUGUAUCACAGUCACCGCUAACGUUCAUGCCAUGCUCACAUUGACGUCCUUGAUAUUUCAAGAUUUCCAUCAAGUUGCUCUAUAAAUUUAUUUAUGAGAAUUUGGAAAUGUUUUAUCACUGCAUAUAUGAGAGUCAUUUAUCUGGUUUGACCGGCGAUGGAUAAUUAAAUGUAAUUAAACAGACUUGAUAAGAAGUCAUUCUUUAAUUCCUUGUAGAUGUCCCUUAACGUUAUCAAGAGCUUUGUUUUCUAAUAAACCCUGAAUUCGAACUUUUUUGUCUAUCGUUCUUUUUAAACCGGUUUCCUAUAACAAAACAGUUACAUUCCACGUGUUGGGAGCCUUUUGCAUAAAGCGUCUAUUUUACCUUAACCGAUGGGCGUCCUUGGAAGUGAAACUCCAAAUCAGCUCUAGCUUUUUGCUGUAGACCUCUUCCGUAAGUCAGGAGUUUUACCUGGUACCUGGAAAAGCGAGUUGAUUUACUCUAGGCCUGUCCCCUGUUUCCUUCAGUUAUUCUCGUUCUCUCCAUGUAUUCCUGUUUCCUCACCCACCCAUAGAUUUCACAGCCGUCACACACAGGGGAAAUAUUAGUGAAUACGGCGUUAAAAGGCAAUC